AUGGACUUCCUCACGUACCUUUGGCUCCUCACCACCAGCGUCAUGUUGCUCCUCCAGCAUCAAGCCUCCUCUCUCACCAGCCGCCCAGCGGAGGAGGGCCCCCCAGCGGAGGAGGGCCCCCUGGUGCAGCUCCCCCACGCGGCCCAUUGGAGAGGGAAGCGCUGCUCCUGCGAGAACCAGAAGGACAAGGAGUGCAUCUUCUUCUGCCACAUCGGCAUCGUGUGGGUCAACACGCCGAGCCACCUGGUUCCUUACGGGUUCGGUUCAGCCCGACUGAAGAGGGAGGUCCAACGCUGCUUCUGCACACGCACACCAGACCACGAGUGUGUGAGCUUCUGCUCCCUGCAGACGCACACAGGAGGGGACAACUCUGACCAGACCAAGAGACGCCUGCUGCAUUCUGGGAAAAAAGGAGCAGACACACACUGAAGCCCCACACCUGAGCGGUGACACUAGUGUGUGUGUGUGUGUGUCUGUUUGUGUGCGUCAUGUAAAUGUUCCACAUCUUAUUGG